CAUUGACCCAUGUUUCCUAGUGUCUUGAUCCUUAUUUUCCUUGCAUUGCUCUUUGGCAGCUCUCAUUCUUGCACUUUCACAAUAUCAAACAACUGCCCUUACACAAUAUGGCCUGGAACACUUGCUGGUUCAGGGACUCCACAGCUUCCAACAACAGGGUUCCAGUUGGAUUCAGGCCAAAGUGUUAGAAUCCCAACGGUUCCGGGGUGGUCAGGUCGGAUUUGGGGCAGGACAGGUUGCUCGUUUGAUGCGUUAGGAGUUGGGUCUUGUCAGACUGGUGAUUGUGGGGGAAGGCUAGAAUGUGAUGGCAAUGGUGCUGCUCCACCUGCAUCUCUUUUUGAAAUAACUCUUGGUGCUGGAAACGACCAAGAUUUCUAUGAUGUUAGCAUUGUAGAUGGCUACAAUUUGCCUCUUGUUGCUGCACCUCGUGGAGUUUAUGGUUCAUGUAAUGCCACCGGCUGCGCUUCAGAUAUCAAUAUGGGUUGCCCUAAAGAACUUCAAGUGGUGGGAGGAGACGGAGAGGGGGGAGGGCAAGUAGUUGCAUGCAAAAGCGCAUGCGAAGCAUUUGGGCUUGACCAAUAUUGCUGCAGUGGGGAAUUUGCUAACCCAACAACAUGCAGGCCUUCCUUCUAUUCAUCUAUUUUCAAGCGGGCUUGCCCCAGGGCUUACAGCUAUGCUUUUGAUGAUGGUACUAGCACUUUCACUUGCAAGGCCUAUGACUAUGUCAUCAUUUUCUGCCCUAAUUCUCUAAGGGCAAAUAGAUCAGAUUCAUUCGAUGAUGGGACUGAGGGGAAGGUUGUGCAGAUAGUUUCCUCAUCAAAUAUACUCUUACCCCUUCCAAUGCUGAUCUUUCUUCUUGCUGUCAAUAUGUUGUUCUGAACAUGAUAUCUAUAGGCUUUAUUGCCAUUUGCUGCUGUUAGAUUCUCCUUAGGCAUAAUCCCAUGCAUACCUUUUAUGGGUUAGAGAGCAGGAAAAUAGUUGAAGCACUCAUUUGCAAAGCAUUGAAGGUUGAGAAAUUUACCAGGGAAUCUUCAGCCAAUGCAAC